GCCCUUGUAUUCUUGUGAUCAAAUUUUUUCUAUUUCGUUGUAGUUGAUUCAUUGAACCAUGGAUACAGUCAGCAAAAUGAGGAAGGCCCAGUCAGAGGCCGGACGCUCGAGCUUGCCCCGCGUCCCCGCCUCUCGACCGGCUGGGUACAGCGAGCAGUGGAGGAAGGGCAUCAGUUUCUCCAGGUUCUGGAAGAGGGUGCCCCUGGUGGCACAGUCAGCGGAGCUGAUAAGUGGAGCUGGAGAUAGGACUAAAGAUGGGAAGGCCAAGCCAAGCCCUGCUGAGCAGACCAAUGUGAAGACAGUUGAGAAGGAGUUGUUCUACGAUGCCUCGGAUGAGGUCAUCGAGGAUGUGUACUAUGAUGCAAAGGAGUUUCUCGAUAAGACCACCGAGCUGCGAUCAUCCCCUGGCCAGAGGCGGCUGUCUCUGAACCACAUCCCAAGCAUGAGCGACUACAUCUCCUUGAAGCCACAUGAGAAGCUUGCCAGCAUUAUGCCGAUUAAGAAAGGCAGCGAGGCACAGGGUGAUGUGUUGGCCUCCCUGGUGCAGAGGAGGAAGGAGAUGAAGAAAGUGGACAAGGCCAGCAGCGGACUCUAUAAGGAGCUGCUUAAGCUGGAAAAGAAGAACGCAAAGGUGCUGCGCAAGCACAAGAGGGUGAUGGAUAAAGUCAAGUGGACCCAGGUACAGCUUCGGGUACCCAUUGCAGGAAAGCGCCACGAUCACGUCAGGGUCCCCAAAACUGUGGUUGGUACAGACAAGAAGAUGGCCGCUGGUGAUGACAUCACCGUGAUGGAGACCGUGAGCACGAGCUCAGUCGGCUCCCAGGACGCCGUCUCCGGCAUGUCUGUCUCGGCACGCGAGAAGAACGCCGCAAUGCCGACUGCUGCCAUGAGCGACCUGUCCUAUGUCCUGAGGCCAGAGGACCUGGAGAAGAAAGGGAAGGAGAGUGAUGUUGAUGGGAAACCAGCUGUGGUUGAUGCAGACAAGGUGGUGGAAAUGGUGAGCUCGAGCACGGUCUGCCCCAAGGAUGCCGAGUCUGGCUUGUCCAUUGAUGCUGCAAAGCUGGCAACUCCUGCCAUGAGCGACCUGGCUUAUGUCAUCUAUGAAGGGCCAGAGGACCUGGAGAAGAAAGAGAAGGAGAGUGAUGUUGCUGGGGAGCCAGCUGUGGUUGAUGUGGCAGAUGUGGCAGCAGGUGAUGACAUCGCCGUGAAGGAAACGGUGAGCACGAGCUUGGUCUACCCCAAGGAUGCCGUGUCUGGCUUGUACGUCGAUGCUGCAAAGCUGGCAACUCCUGCCAUGAGCGACCUGUCUUAUGUCAUCUACGAAGGGCCAGAGAACCUGGAGAAGAACAAGAAGGACAGUGAUGUUGCUAGGGAGUUUGCUGUGGUUGAUGCAGAGAAGGAUGCGGCUGCAGGUGAUGACAUCACAGCGAUGGAAACGCGUACGGUGAGCUCGAGCUUGGUCCACUCGGAGGAUGCUGUGUCUGGCUUGUCCGUCGCCGCUGCGAAGCUUGCAACUCCCGCCGUGAGCGACCUGUCGUACAUCAUCUACGAGGGACCAGAUGAGCUGGAGAAGAAGGAGAUGGAGGGCGGUAUUGCUUGGGACGUGGGCAUGGGCGUGGCUGACGAUGCCAACACCUGGAUGGAGACGGCCAGCACCCGCUCACUCUGCUCUCUGGACGCCAUCUCCAACAUGACUGAUGCAUCCUGCAUUGUUGAGGAGAGGACUGCAGCGGACGCUGCAUGCAUGCUGGCUGUGGCCACCUCCAAGACCUCUGAGCUGGGAGUUGCCGUGGAAACUGCUGAGGUGAUCGACGACAAGCAGGUGGAGCUGCUGCUGCUGGAGGAGACCCUGAAGGACGACCACGACGUCUCCGGCCAUGACAACACGGAGCCUGGUCAGGGCAGUGCCGAGAAGAAGCACGGAAAGUACUGCAGGGCGAAGAAGUGGGUGCGGUCCAAACUCAGGAAGGGUUGGAGGAGGCUGACCCGCCGCGCUGGCUAG